GUUUCUAUUUGCCAUCACGCGGAAUCAUUCUCCGCCACGAGAACACGAGGGCGAAGGGGCGGCUCUCCGUCAUCCCCGCUCCAAUGGCGGCCGUGAUCGCCUCAGCGCCGCCGCAGCCACUCCCCAAGAUCCCCCACCCUGUCCCUAUUCCCGGCCGCCUCCCUGCUUGCAUCCGCCGGUCUCAAGACCGCCCCCACAACCGCCGCCGCACCCUCCACUCCGCCCCUGCCGAGUGGCCGCUCGAUCAGCGGAUCCGGGAGUCGCUGGCCAUCCUCGACCUCAUGGAAACCCAGUCCAUCUCCCCCGAUCCGGAACUCCUCGCCGCCCUUCUCAAGAGCUGCGCCGAUGCCGGCACGCUCCGCCUCGGCCGCGUCGUCCACGACAAGGCUACCCAGGCCGGCCUCCAGUCCCACCCCCUGGUCGCCAACACCUUGGUUCUCCUCUACGGCAGGUGCGGCCAACUCGGUCUCGCUCGUCGCCUGUUCGACGAAAUGACCGCUCGGAAUGUCGUCUCUUGGACCACCAUCAUUUCCGUGUACCACCACGCCGGCUUCCCUCACGACGCGCUCGACUUGUAUCGCUCUAUGCUUAUGGAUGGAGGAGUACGGCCGAACGUCUUUACUUUCACGAUCGCUCUGAAUUGCUGCGCCAGCGUGGAAGACUUGGACUUGGGUGUUAGAAUCCAUGAAGACAUUGUGAAGGAUGGAUGUGAUGGUGAUGAGUUCAUCAUCGUCGCACUGAUUGACAUGUACGCCAAGUGCGGACGCGUGAAUGAUGCUCGCGAGGUGUUCGACCGUGUGACCAACCCAUCGGUCGAGGCUUGCACAGCUAUGAUUGAAGGGUACAAUGGCAACGGCGAGGCAAAGAAGGCAAUGGAUGUCAUGAGGAGGAUGUUCCGAACUGGGCUGAGCAGUGAGGCCGCUAGUAAAUUGGGGUUUGCAUCGAUGAUCAGGUCAUGCGCCAUGGAGUUGGCUCUGAGACAGGGGCAGGAGAUCCACGCACGCAUCAUCAAGUUUGGGCAUCAACCGGGUUCAAAAGCUCUAAGUACAUUGGCUGAUUUGUAUGAAAGUAGUGAUAGAAUGAUUGCGGCCAAGCAUGUUUUCGACUGUUUGGUAGUGAAAGAUCUCGAUUUGUGGGCGAGAAUGGUUUCUGGAUUUGCGAGGAAUGAACAAUACGUCGAUGCUUUGAAGCUUUACGUCGAAAUGGUAGCUCAGGAUGCCAGAUUGAAUCCUCAAAUCAUGUCUUUGGCCAUCAAGGCAUGCAUAGGGAUGUCAGGCCUCGAGGAAGGGAAACAAAUGCAUGGUAUACUGGUCAAAGUGAGUCACUUGUUGGAUGAGUCCGUUAUUAGCAGUCUUGCAGAGUUGUAUAGAAGUUGCGGAGAGUAUGAAACAGCUCAGAAGCUACUGAAGAAUAAUUGAAUUUGUUUCUACAUUUAGGUUUUGUUGAAGGGAAAGCUGAAAGUUUUUGGUUGUAUUGGAUCUAACAACUCUAUCUUUGACAAGUAUACACAAGUGUUCCUCUUCUUGGCUCUGAAUGUUCUAUGAUUAGAUGUUUCUUAUGUACAUGUGAACUUCUUAAACAUUUGUUUGUAAAUUUAGGUUUUGUUGAAGGGAAAACUGAAUGUUUUUGGCUGUA